UACAGUAGUCGAAAAGCAUGGAGAACAGCGAGUUAGUUCCGGUAAAAUCAGACAGUGAUAUUGAUUGGUUGUCCACGGUAAAAACGUCAUUCUUUGCGACAGUAACUUUAUUUAGUAGCUACUAACUACGAUGUAACUUAAGUGGCAGUAGUGCAACCGACAAAGAACGCAGCGCUAGUUUCAAACUAUCUAGUUUCAACGUAAGACUUAAGGUAUAUACUUUACACCAUAAUUUACGAUCGAACUUACGCUAAGCUGGUGCAACCCACCACUGUCAGCAGGACUGCAGAGGAAACUUAAUCUCAAAAAGAGAAGCAUAGCUACUUGACAGAAUGGAGAACAGACAGGGGCAGACUUGCAGCACAGAGCAGCCUGGGAAUUUGCUGUCAAGCGGCACCAAUCUCAAUUUCAUAUUUAGCCAGAACCUGGGGGGGCUUGACACAUUUUGCCACUGGCCAGCCCCCAUUUCGUAAAUUUCCCGAUGGCCAGUCUGUGCAUGACAGCAGAUGAUGCUCAGGUAUGCACUGCCAUCCUUACUGCCAGCCCAACUGAAGCAGUAUGUGACACUACGUAGCUAAAGCUACACUGUUUCCAUUACGAGUUUAACUUGAUUUGCUUCCACUAUGUUCUUAAGUCGGGUCAAUGCACAAAACACUAUCUGUUGCCUUGCUGUUGAAUCAGAAUUAAUCUUGUGCAAGGCAGGGAACUUUAAAUGAAAACUCACCAUUAGUGCCCUCCCCACAAAAAGCAGAAGAUGUGAAAUGUAUUCUGCACUUAAGAGACAAAAGCGGAAAAAACGCUCUGUGGUUGCUCAUUUCCUGUUCUCAGUCUUGGUACAGUAUUCUAACACCAGACUGCAGAAUACGGAAGUUCCGCUUAAACCUUCUCUCCCUGACGGAGUAGUGCUCGGGCUGGGGUAAGAACUGGGCAGAAUUUGGUGAUAAAUCCCACAAGUGUGCCAUUAUCCUCUCCUCUGCGGAGGAGACACGGACGCGUGAGACGAUGAGUCGAGGACAGAAGUCCAAGACACAGGAAAACGGCCCAAGUUCUCUGCUAAGCAAUGAAGAGAACAACACCAUAAUCGACCUACUGGGGCGGAGAUGUGUGAGCUUGACCACAGCUGUGGCCCAGUUAUUGAUGGCUCUGCCUCACAGUCCCAACGAGUGGAAGCUCCAGCAUUGUGGCGUGUUGUGUUUCGUCAAGGACAAUCCACAGCGCUCCUAUUUUAUCCGUCUCUUUGACGUCAAGCAAGGAAAGCAGGUUUGGGAACAGGAGCUGUACAAUCAGCUGUCGUAUAGCUGCCCUUUCCCCUUCUUCCAUACAUUUGCUGCAGAUGACUGUCAGGUGGGGCUGAACUUUGCGAGUGAGCAGGAAGGAGAAAUGUUCAGAACAAUUGUGGAGGAGAAAAUAAGUCAGAGAACCAAUCGCCAAGAGAAGCGACAGCAUCCUACAUCAUCCCCUGCUGAUGACAGAAGAUUGCCUCCACCUCUUCCUCCACCGAAUGGAUCAAUGUCGAAUGUGGACGGAAUGGCGACGGUGGACAUCCAGAACCCAGACAUCCUGCCAUCGCGCUAUCGCUCUACAGUUGCUCCCACCCCAGUGCCUGCCUCCUUCUCCAAGGGAAAAAAGGACAAAAAGAACAAAAAGAAAGGAAGCAAAAUCUCCAAGGCUGAUAUUGGGGCUCCCAGUGAUUUUAAGCAUGUAACACACGUAGGAUGGGAUCCUAACGCAGGAUUUGAUACAAACAACCUGGAUCCUGACUUGAAAAAGCUCUUCAACUGUGCUGGCAUCAGUGAUGCCCAGUUGACAGAUGCAAAGACCUCAAAGAUCAUCUAUGACUUCAUUGAGCAGUCGGGCGGCCUUGAGGCAGUAAAAAUGGAAAUGAGGAAACAAGAAUCUGCUCCACCCCCACCAGACAGAGUAGGGCCACACCCGACCCCCUCCCGAGGACGCACGGGACCCCUCCCCCCUAUUCCAGGUCCACCUCGGAGUUCUGCACCCCCACCAAAUCGUGGACCGCUCCCUCCUCCACCUCCUGCUGGAAGGAGUGGCCCGCCACCCCCACCUCCUCCUGCCCCACAGAGUCAGCGUGCUGCUGGGGCCCCCCCUCCGCCUCCUCCAGCGGCCUCCAUGCAAAUGGGAGGAGGAGGAGGAGGAGGUGGAGGAGGUCCCCCGCCUCCCCCUCCUCCGCCACCACCUCCCCCAGCUCCCAGUGUUGGUGGAGGUCUACCUCCUCCUCCCCCACCCUCGUGUGGAAGUCCACAAACACCGAGCCCGGCUCCAUCUGGAGAAAGUAGAGGGGCACUGCUGGACCAGAUCAGGCGUGGCACAAAGCUUAAAAAUGUGACAGACAAUCCUGAGCUUCCCCCCCCUGUGCAAGAUUCCAGUGAAGGGAUUGUGGGAGCUCUGAUGAUGGUCAUUCAAAAGAGAAGCAAAGCGAUUCACUCCUCCGACGAAGGAGAAGAUGAGGCCGUUGACGACGACGAUGACGACGAAUGGGACGAUUGAACAGUUUCAUAUUUAUUUUCCUGCUUUUGCUGUGUCCUUGACUGAGGGCAUUUCUUCCUAUGCUGGUCAGAAUCAGGCCCCCCCCCCGUCUCUGGUAGGGGUGGGGCCAUCGCAGUGAGACACACGGGCAGGACACCCCUCUGCCGGGAGGCUGGCAACAUGCCAGCACCACAGGCAAGGGAGCCACUAGAGAUUUUGGGCCCCAAGAAAUUAUAUCGGGCCCCCAAGCCCAGACCAAUCCAAUUAUGUUCCAAAUUUUUUAGGGCUCUUGUCAGUCAGACGACAGCCCCCCCCCUUACGCCACCCGACCAAAGCUGGUGUUACGUUACAUGAGCAUUUUAUACUGUGUGUAUGCAGAUUGGAAGUGCUCUGAAUUUUACACAGAGUAUAAUCCCUCUGACUGGGUGAGUGGCUCUAGCUAUUUGUGGCCUUUUACAUCCUGCAUCUGAAGCGUUUGCACAGUACUGAAGACAACUUUGAUGUAUCUAGUAUCUAUACUUACUUGCGUUCUUGUGUCUCUAAUUAAUUUCUAUGGAAUAAAAAACAUCUUUUUUUACGAUUACUUAAAA